UUCGAACAGAGCAUAAACCCGCGUGUAGACAAGAUUAAAAUUAACAAUCCGUCGUACAUGUCUCAGGACGAUGUAACGGAUUGUUUAUACGCACAGAAUUUUGAGGAAAAAAUGACUCGUGAGGAGUUUAACGAGCAGUUAAAAAUACGAUUUAAAGCAGGUCCUCGUGACCGAAAUACGGUACACUACGCAAUUGAGGUUGCACCUGCACUGAGAAAGCAGAUAAUAGUGACAAAUAGGCUAUAUAUUGGUUAUAAUGCAAUUUCAGUGAAAGAUUAUACGGCCUUAGCAAAGUGCUCUAAGUGCCAAGACUACGGCCAUGUUGCUAAAUAUUGUAACUUUUUGAAGCCCGUGUGUGGAAACUGCGGGUGUGACACCCAUGACAAAAAGAAUUGCACAAAAGAUACUCCACUGUGUAUCCCAUGCAGAUAUCGAAAGCGAACAUGUAACACUCCUGGUAAGGAGUGUUUGACUUACAAGUUACUUCUCCAGCGACUAAUUCAGAGGACCGACUAUGGCGACACGCUAUAAGGUCACUCGAAGAAAGUCGCCAAGUAAAACAUUGAGAGAUGCGGGAAGGUGGAGGAAAUUACAAGAGUCACUGUCCUUUUUGGAUGGUGAGCAAGAGGAGGAAAUAGCUAAUGUUUAUUCUGUUCCAGUGCCAACUGUACAACCAGAGAUAGCGGACUUCUCGUGCCAGGUCGGAGGUUCCCCGGCCUGCCGGGGGAGUCUUCCAGGUUCGAUGGUGGUGGAGGCGACUGGGCUGGCGGGUCUCACCUCCCCGGGUGGGGACAGCUCCUCGCGGAGGGAGGGGGAGAUCUAUGCUGUGCCGGUGCCUGAAGUGCAGCCCGAGACGGAGGACUUCUCCUGUCAGGUCGGGUCCUUCCUGGCCUCCAGGGGCGGCCUUCCGGAGUCACUGGGACCGUCGGCGGCCAUGGCGGUGGGUUCCGCUUCUCGUCGAGAUGGGGCGGAGCCGUCGGCGUCUGCGUCUGAUGGUCCUGCAAAGGGAACAGAUAAAGAGACUGCAGACUUGAUUAAAGUAGCCACGUCUGUAAAUAAAUUAACCUUUGGUGAUGGUGUAAAAAUGGAUGAAGUAGAUGAGACUGUAGACUUGAUCAAAGUAGUUACAUCUGUAAAUAAAAUAACUCUGGGUGAUAGUGUAAAUGUAGAUGAUGUAGAGGUAGACACUCAAGAACAGAAACGAUCUUUUAACAAUUGUCCGCCUGGAAAUACAUACCUAAUAUGUGAGGAGACUCUGCGGUUGUCUAGGUUGGAAAACUCACAGACUCUUAACGCCGCACUGAGGCAGCUGGUCCGAGCUGGGCAUCCCCGUGGAAAUAAAAUUACAUUUCCAACUCUGGAGGAUGCAGACUGUAUAGAACUUGUUGCUUUAAACAUUCCCACAGAAUACGAUAAACUAUCUGAUCUGGUUUCGAAAGUUUACAUCCGGAGGGGUAGGAAAUUUGAUUUAAAUAAAGUUUACGAAGAUAUGGUUAGAAUGCACGGCAGAAUCGCUUUUGAUCCUGCCCAGGCUUGGCCUGCAAGCCACUUUUACACCAGAUUCCCAUGACUAGAAUAAAUUGUUUGCAGAUAAAUACAAUGCGGAGCUCACUGGUUACUCAGGAACUCUGCAAAUUGGCUGAAGAAAGGCAU